AUGGUAGACGAACAAGUGUCAGUAGGUACCAGGGUGGAAACGGAAAUAGAGCCUGAACCAGCAGACCCUCUCAUCACUCCAGCGUGUUCAGCGCUCGACAGAUCGGAUUUAGACAGACCGAUUCCCCCUGAGCGACGCCUCCUCAUUAGCAACCUGGACAAACCGCGAAACGGAUCCCUCAAUGGAGAUAGAGAAGCCACACUAAAUCGAUCAGCGAGACUAUCUAUACGAAAUGGGAAAGACAAUCCUUUUAUUGACGAUGACAAUAAAGAAAAUCAAACGAACGGAAAACUCGAAUCCCCAAUAAAAUGGUCGACGCAGAACGGUAGCGAUAGCGGAACGUAUGCAGAAAUAGGGAAUAGCAAUACCAGUGAUAAGAAUCCACUAGAUCCAGCUGAUAGUUCGGAAGAAGAAGUUCCUUUGCCGGAUGCCACGUCUCCAGGUCGAAGUAGUGACGGGCCGGAACCAAGAGCUGAUAUUACAGCUUCUUUAGAUGGAGAUGCUGCCUCUCCAGGUGGUCGCUCAGACCGAUCACGUCAGGAAGAUGUUCCAGCAUCACCAGGAAUGCUCACAGCCGCACAGAUGGCACGUCGUUUACGUCAAGAGAACGAACGACUUCAGCUUGUACUAGUUUGCGUGACUGCCAUGUUUUCCCCGUCGCACGUAAGUCGAAAGCUAACAAAUCGAUGGCAAUUAAUCUUGGAACAGGCGGAGUUAACUCGGGUGCGACGGUUGCUGGUGGCGGCGGUGGAAAGGGGGGAAGUCGGAAACGCGUUGAUUGAAAGAACUCAGGGGGACGAAGAAGAGGCGCCGGCUCUGGAUGCUCAGCAGAUGGAGAGAGAACUGUUGCUGGCGAGAGAAGCUGUUAGCUCUCUCAAAGCUGACAAAAAGAGGCUUAAAGCAGAGAAAUUCGAUUUACUCAACCAAAUGAAGCAGCUUUACGCGACUCUCGAAGACAAAGAGAAAGAACUCAGAGAUUUUAUAAGGAAUUAUGAACAGAUGAGGUCGCGCAGUGGAGCGUCCUCAGCGUUAGGAGCGGAGCGGGCAGAGCGGGAGCGAGAGCGUGCUGCAUUAUUACGCCAUGCUAGAGACGAAGCGGAGAGAUCUUUGCAGCUGGCAGCUGCUCUAAGCGCGCGGGACACACAACUCCGGCAUGCAAGGGAACAGUUGUAUGAAGCAAGAAGACAACUUCAAGCAGCUGGGUGUCUAUCAGAAGGGGAAAGUGUCGCUUCUCUUGGUAUCGGACCGCCUAUGAUGCUCGGUGGCCCUGGAUUGCUAGGAGACAGAGGAAGCUGCAGCGCUGAUUCAGGUGUUAGAGGUAGCAGCGAUGGUGGCGCCACUUCAGUGUGUGGUGGAAACUUAUCAGACUCCACAGCAGAAGGUGUGCCGCCGAGUCUAGAUCCCUACGAUACAGAUGCUGUGUCCCUUGUAUCGUCUGCGCAUCCUAUUUAUCAACUGAGCACUCCGCGGGACUGUAGUCCCACUCUGUCGCCACACAACAGCGCUUCGCCCUUCAGCAGAUCGAUCGACGCUGGUUCACUCUCUAGGUCAGUAGAACAACUCUCCAGUCCCGGGGAAUGCGAGGCAGCUUUGAUGGGCGGGAUGCGAGGUCGCCCGAGCGCCAACAAAACGGGCAGAGGCCGGGGCUCUGCUUGGGGCUCCAUAUCGCGUGUCUUCGCUCGCAGCAGGCACCGCACCAAGUCAGGCAGUGCAGCAUCAAGCGGACAUGAAAGCGAACCAGUAUACGCUGGUGGUACACGUGCUUGGUCUCCUCUUGGUAGUGAAGCAGCACUCCGAGAAGCGGCUUCUCUUCCUCUAUCCAGAUGGAGAGCACCAGCUAUCAUUGCCUGGCUAGAACUGGCUUUGGGGAUGCCGCAGUACGCUGCCACCAUAGCUGAUAACGUCAAGAGUGGAAAGGUAUUGCUUGAGCUGACAGACACGGAUCUUGAGGUCGGGCUAGGCAUCACGCAACCGAUGCACAGGAAGAAGUUGCGGCUGGCCAUCGAGGAGAGACGGCGACCAGACCUCGUCCGGAACCCGAGUAUGGGGCAACUGACGCACGCCUGGGUUGCUGCGGAGUGGCUUCCUGAUCUUGGAUUGUCACAAUACGCAGAGUCGUUCCUCGCAAAUUUGGUGGACGCACGGAUGCUGGACACAAUCAGUAAAAAGGAACUGGAGAAAUGUUUGGGCGUUACGAGGAAGUUCCAUCAAGCUUCGAUCGUCCACGGCAUCCACUUGCUCAGGAUUAUGAAGUACGAUCGGCAGGCGUUAGCGGUACGUCGUCAUCAAUGCGAAAAUGUUGACGCAGACCCCCUAGUGUGGACCAAUCAGAGAUUCAUCCGCUGGGCACAUAACAUCGACUUGGGUGAAUUCGCUGACAACCUGAAAGAUAGCGGAGUGCACGGCGGUCUGGUAGUUCUAGAACCGUCGUUUACUGGGGAAACAAUGGCCACCGCUCUUGGCAUACCACCCUCGAAGAGCAUCAUACGAAGACAUUUAGUCGCCGAGUUCGAUGCUCUCAUCAUUCCCGCAAGGAACAUGUUCGGACACCAAAUAAGAAUGUUAGGUAGACCAUUUUCAAGAUCAGUCGCUACCGGCUUACCGGGAAUCGAUUUUAAUGCUGAUUCAAGAAGACAUAGUUUAAGAGGUUCAAUCACACGAGCGUUGGGUGCAUUGAAAUCAAAACACGACCGCACAUCGCCGUCUUCUUCUAGCGAGAGCUCGAGCGUGUUAAGUCUAGGUCAAACGUAUCAGAUGUGCUACUCUCCGCCGAUAGGUGGCAGGACUUUGUCUCAACUGAGCAUGACUUAUGCCCCACCUCCGACCCUUCAAGAGUACGAGCCGAUAUACACCCCCCUAAGUCUCUACUCGCAGUCGAGCGUGUCCACACGAGAUAGCCUACAGCGACUCAACGAAAUUAAAGAGGGCAUUACACAUAGGUACGGACAAAAAGCGGAUCACGCGCACAGAGUGAGCUCCCCACUGCCGGCUAAGUCUGUAGACGACUCGGCCGUCAGACAACGGAGGCACAGACGCGUAAAGAGCAUCGGCGAUAUCAACGCUUGUAGUAAAGCUUCCGUUUAA